UCUGAUCAACCUAAGUCACACAGUCCCCUGCAACCCUCUGCAUGCUUGUCUACAAGGGUCUCCCCCACAUUCAAGUUCAUACUGCUCAGAAACAGUGAGCUUCGAGUGUUCCUUUUUUCUUCAUCACCCUCUGACAAAGAAAUCCAGAUGACACAGAAACCACUGAAGACAAUACCUGGAAAAUGGCAGUUUUGGAAAUAACUUUGGCUGUCAUCCUGACUCUACUGGGACUUGCCAUUCUGGCUAUUUUAUUAACAAGAUGGACACGGCGCAAGCAAAAUGAAAUUGAUGUCUCAAGAUACAGUUCAGAACAAAGUGCUGGUCUUCUGGACUAUGAGGAUGGUAGAGAUGUUCCCUCUCAGAGAUCUGAAAGAGCAAGAGGAUUCCGUCAUUUGUAUUCAACAGAAAGUGACACUUCAUAUGAUGAUCAAGAGGGAUCCAAAGGAGAUUACACACCAUCAGCCAACUCCUUAGCACUGUCUCGAUCAAGUAUUGGAGAACAAAGAGGUGAUGCAAAAACCCUCAAAGUAACUCCAGAACCUUUAUCAGGCUCAGCAGGACCUAUAACUGGAACCAUUGGACCCAUAAUGCAAUUCACAGCACCAAUUCCAGGAGCUACAGGACCUAUCAAGCUCUCUCAAAAAACCAUUGUGCAAACUCCAGGACCUAUUGUGCAAUAUACUGGGCCCAGUGGUGAAACUUCAGAAAUGACUACUACAGGAUCCUCUUUAGGAUCAACUCGUCACACAAACAUUGGAUCAGUUCCACCUGCCCUCACUGGUCCACCACCUUCAAUGCCCAGAGGUGUGCCCCCGCCUCCCAUAAUGAUUUCACAGAGAACCUCAAGUAAGUUCUUUACUUCUCAGCCUGUCAAAUGUGAGAUUUUUCCCAAGAAGAUAUAUUCUAUUCCUAAAAGAGUGACAAGGGCAAGGAGCUCAAAAGAAAAAGCAGGAAGACCAGUUAGUAGGACUGGAAUUAAAGAACCACCAGUUACAUGUGAGUGUGACAAGAAGCAUAGUGAUAAGGGUGAAGGUGGGGAGAAGUCUCCACAUUCCAUGUAUUUUUGGGGUACAGCCAACAGAUUCUGCCAUUACACUGAAUUUACUCCCAUGCCUGUUGUAAUUGGUCCAGUUGCAGCUGUGGACAGUUCUGGAAAAAUCACACUAUCUCCUAUGGUUAUAUUUCCAGGUUACAUGGAUGCAGAACUUGCAAAAAAAUCUGAUUUCAAGGCCAAGAUCCUAAAAAAUGGAGCCACUACAAAGUCUGAGAACAGCCAAGAAGAAAACAAGAAAACAUUAAAGAAGGAAAAGCUAGUCACAGAUUCUGAUGAAUCCUUGAACUCAGGGCACAAACCAGAGACAAAAACCAAAGCAAAAGAUACUGAGUUGGAGAAAGGUGAAAUAAAAAUGGAGGUCAAGUUAAAGGAGAGUGACACUAGGAUACCAAAAGAGGAAGACCAGGUAAAGGUGAGUGACAUUGGAAUACCACAAGAACAGGAGGCCCAUGUAGAGAUGAAUGAUACUAGAAUACCACAAGAACAGGAAGACCAAGAAAAAAAGAGUGAGUACGGAAUACUACAAGGGCAGAGAUCCCAAGUAAAGAAGAGUGAAUCUGGAAUAAAACAAGAACAGGGAUCUCAAGUACAGAAGAGUGAGUCUGGAAUAAAAGAAGGACAGGGAUCUCAAGUAAAGAGUGACACCAGAAUACAAGGACGGGAGUCCCAGGUGGAGAAUAGUGAAGCUGGAAUACCACAAAGACAGGAGUCUCCAGUAGAGAAUGGUGAAGCUGGAGUACCACAAGGACCACAGGAGUCCCCAGCAAAGACUAGUGAAGCUGGAACACCCCAAGGACAUGAGUCUGCAGUAAAGAGUAGUGAAUCUGAAAUACCGCUAGUUCAGGGUCCUCAAGUAAAGAGAGAGAGUUCUGAGGAUCAAGGCGAGCAGGGAAAUGCAAGGAAGAAGACAGAUACAGAAGAAAAUGAUGCUCUGAAGAAAAGUGAUGAAGGAAAGCACAAAGUUAAAGGAAAGAAAGAAUCAGAAGUUAAGAGUAAAAAAAUAAGGUUCAGUAAGGGGCAAAGGCAAAUAAAGGAAGAAGUACAACAAAAAGAUGGAAAGGGUAAGGGUAAAUAGAAGGAAGGCUCAUAAGUCAACUGAUUAUUAUGAUUCCCAUCCCCUAGAUACAAGUCACAACCCAGUUAUUGCUUAAAUGGAUCAUAAUUAGAGAAUCCCUUUAAUUUAUAUGUCUACAAUAGAUGUUUCACCAAUUUUAGUCCUCCCAGCUACAAAUCUUGGCUUCCAAUUCUUUGCUUUCUAAGUUGAUACUUUUAUGACUUAGUCAAGAAAGAUGAUACUUUCUGAAAUAAAACAUUUUGAGAAUGUUUGA